AAAAAAUAAAAAAAGUGAAAGAGAGAAAAGGAAAAUUUCGGGUCAAAAAUUCAAAAAAAAAUAUUGAAAGUAAAAUUUUGUUUAUUUAAAAAGGGUGAUAAAAAAUUAAAAAAAAAUUUAUUAAUUAAAUUUUAAAAAAACUUUGAUAAGGAAAAAUUAAAAAUCAUAAAAUUUAAAAUAAUUUCUUUAAUUUUUAUUCAAAUUAAAAAAAGGAAUUUUAUUAAAAAUUUCAAAUAUUUCAAGAAUUUCUAAAAGAAAAACAGAAGAAAUUAUAAAAAUAGAAAAAAAGUAAGAGUAAAAGAAAAGGAAAAGUGAAAAAUUGUAGAACACCAUAAAAACGGUUUCUUGUUUUCUAUAUAUAUACAAUAGAAAAGCGGCAAAUUAAUUUUUAUGUCCUUCAAUUGUUGAUGAUUGUUGUGCUAUAACAAUUGAGUCCUUGCAGAGAUAAAAUUAUAAAUACAAAAUUUUUAUUUGGUAUCACACAUAUACUAACAUAUAUAUAUUUUCAUAUAUAUACACCUAUUAAUAUAUUGAGUGUUUACAUACAUAUAGGUUGAUUUUAUAUCGAACAAAGAAAGGAAAAAAAAGUUACAUAAGUGAUUUUUUUUAAUAUUCUAAUAAAGGAAGAAGGAUAUUUACUUCAUACAGUGUUCGAGUAAUACCAUUAAUAAAUUAUUGAAAAAUAAAAAUAAUUUAUUAUUUUCAAUACUCUUAUAAUCAAUUAUAACUAUAAAUAUUUACAUACAUAUAUAACAUAUAAUAAAAAAAAAAAAGGAAAUAAUAAUAAUUGCGAUUAUGUCAUCAUCAACAAGUAAUAAUAUUAAAAUACGUCUUGCAACAAAAGAUGAUCAUGAUCUAAUAUUAGAUUGUUUUCGUAAAUGGUAUUGGCCAGAAGAGCCAUUAUCAGUUGGUUUUCAAAUAAAAACACCAUCAUUUGUUGAAGAGGAAACAUUUUCAUCGAUACCAGAAAAAGGAUUAAGUUUAAUAGCAUUUGAAACAAAAAAUAAUGAAAAUAAUUUAAAUGAUGAUAAUGGUGCUGGAGGAGGUAAUAAUCAAACAAAUGAUGAUAGUAAUAAUGAAAUACCAAUUGGAUUUUUAGUUAAUGGUUUAAGUUAUCCAAAUUUAGGUUUGGAAUUACAUAAUAAAUUUAAAGAUUUAGGUUGUAAACGUAUGAUGGCAUUAUUAAAUUUAAUUGAUGUUAUUGAUAAAAAAGAGGAUAUAUUUAAAAAAUUUUCAACUGAAAAAACAUUUAAUUUAAUAAGUGUUGCUGUAUCACCAGAAUAUCGUGGUAAAAAUAUUGGUUAUCGUUUAUUUGAGAGAGCAUUUCAAAUGGCAAAAACAUUAGGUUUUAAAAUUGCAAAUGUUGAUUGUUCAAGUUAUUAUUCAGCAAAAAUUGCUGAAAAAUGUAAAAUGCAAUUAAUUGCUGAAAUAGCAUAUACAGAACAUAAAGAUUCUGAUGGUAAUCAAAUAUUUAAACCACCACCACCACAUACACAUAUGAAAAGAUAUGCAAAAAUAUUGUAAAUUCUAUAUGUAAUAUUAAUGUAUAAAUAACUGUACUACAUUAUAUACAUAAUAAUAAUAAAAAAAAAAUUAGAAAUAUUAAAAAAAAAAAAUAAAAAUAAUUGCACUUAAAAAAAUAUUGUAAUUUUAAAUUGUAUAUGGGGUUGUUUUGUGUGUGUAAUAAUAUUUAAAAUUUAAAUAAAUUAUUUAAAAUAUCUAUACGUAAUAUAAAAAAAUAAAUGUAUAAUAAAAUUUCCGGAAAUAGAAUUUCUUCAUAAAAUAUAUGAUAUACAAUGCACUAUUGAUUUACUCUACAUAAUGAUAUAAUAUACCCCUAUAAUGUUAUACAAAUAUAAUAUAUGUUUUAAAUGAUAAGUGAUUAAAUUUUUAAAAUUAGCAAAGAAAUCAAUCAAUAAAUUAAAUACACAAUGAAAAAUAAAAAUAAAUCAGAGUUUAAAUAACAAUUUAAUUAUUUAAAUGUACCUAACUUACUAUAUAACAGAAAUUCUUAAAAAAAAACAAAUCUGAUAUAAAGUACAUAAACUCAUAUAAUAUAUACUCAUAUGAGUACUCAUAAAAUUAAAAAUACUUGUGAAAUUUUAAAUAAUUUCAAUCAAAUUUCGAAUAGAAAUUUUCAAUAGAAUCUUAAAAUUGGUGUUAAAGUGGUAAAAUGUACAGUACUGAGCACAAGUAUAAGUACACAGUGAAUUAAUUUCAUAUAAAAUAAAUUAGUAUAUAUAUAUAUAUAUAUAUAUAUAUGAGUGUUAUUAACAUAAAAUGAUAUAUAAUGAUAUAUAUAUAUUAUGUAGAUAGAAUGUGUAAAUGUCUCAUUUUUACUUCCAGUUCCAGAAUAUUAUAUUAUGAUAUAUUAAUUAUAUAUUUUUGUGAAUAUAUUAAUUAAAAAUGAAUUUACUUUACAAAUGGGAAUAAAAAAAAAAUUAUA